UGCGAGGAACCAACAUUUUUAGUCUACGUUUCCUGUCGCCUAUUUAUAAGACCGGGACAAGUACAAUAGGAGUACCAUAGACUGCGCAUACCGGUAGUGUACCCAACUAGUCUGAAGCAACUGCUGAUGUGUAUUAAAUCCAGAGAGACGACCAACCAUGACUUCUCUGGGGGGCAGCAGUUCCUCAACCACAGAAUACACAGUGCGAGUCCCCAAAAACACCAGUAAGAAGUACAACAUCAUGGCUUUCAAUUCAGGAGACAGAGUCAACUGUUCAACUUGGACACAGGCUCGUAUGGAAAGAGACAUGAGUGCUCGGCGGAUAUAUGGGGAGGAAGAGUCGGCGGAAGGCGCGGCUGGCAGUGAGUUUGGCAAAAAGCAGCGUGAGGAAGCACGGCGGAAGAAGUAUGGUAUUGUGACACGUGAGUUCAAAGUGGAGGACCAGCCCUGGAUUCUCAAGGUCAAUGGCAAGGCCGGCAAGAGGUUCAAAGGUCUGAAGAAGGGCGGUGUUACAGAAAAUGCAUCCUACUACAUCUUUACGCAGUGUCCCGAUGGAGCCUUUGAGGCUUUCCCUGUCCACGGCUGGUACAACUUUACACCGCAGGCCAAGCACCGAACUCUCACUGCUGAGGAGGCUGAGGAAGAGUGGGGCAGAAGAAACAAGGUGGUGAAUCACUUCAGCAUCAUGCUUCAGAGACGUUUCCGGGAGCAGGAGCGUGGUGGUGAUGAUGAUGAUGACGAGAACGAGAAGUCGGGGAAGAAGAAAAAGAAGGGGGGUGGGAGAGGGGGCGACCUGCGCAUUCACGACCUGGAAGAGGACCUGGAGAUGAGCAGCGAUGACAGUGACAGCAGUAUGGGGGACGAUGGAGAGGGCAAGACAAAGGCGAAAAAAGCCACAGGGAAAGGAAAAGCCAAGAAGAAGAAGAGAAAGAGCAGUGACAAAGAGGCCUUGGAGGACAGCGAUGACGGUGACUACGAGGGUCUAGAGGUGGAUUACAUGUCCGAUGAAAGCAGCAGUUCAGAUGAAGAGCUCGAAAAGGGAAAGCCCGGCAAAGCAGAGCACCACCCCAAAGGGAUCGAUGAGGCGUCUGAAAGUGAGGAAGAGAGUGAGGAGGAGAAACAGAAUGAAGAGGAAGCAAAAGAGGAGGAGGAAGAAGAGGAAGGAAAGAAAACCCCGGUCCAAACGGAAAAGAAGAAGAAAAAAGACAGCAGCGGCGAGUCGGAAAGCUCCGACGACAGUGAUAUCGAGGGAGAGACGGCCUCCGCUCUGUUCAUGAAGAAGCGCACGCCUCCUAAACGUGGAGGACGCGGCUCUGCAGGCAGCUCCAGGACUGGCAGUCGCCCCGGGACACCAUCCAUAGACUCUGCCUCCACCUCCAAUACACUCCGUGCUGCUGCCAGCAAGCUAGAGCAAGGUAAGAGACCGACUCCGGGUCCUAGCACUGACUCUCCCGCUGCCAAAAGACUGAAGAUGGAGCCCAGCAGUCAGAGCCCUGUUCCCUCUGGGAAGAGUACGCCUCAACCCCCAUCCGGCAAAUCCACCCCUAGCUCAAGUGAUGUGCAGCUAACGGAGGAAGCGGUCCGGCGUUACCUGAUCCGUAAACCAAUGACCACCAAAGACCUGCUGAAGAAGUUCCAGACCAAGCGCACAGGUUUGAGCAGUGAGCAGACUGUCAACGUGCUGGCACAGAUCCUGAAGCGUCUCAAUCCGGAGCGCAAGAACGUAAACGAUAAAAUGCACUUCUACCUCACUGAGUAACCGGUGGACGAGAGGUACGGAGCGGCGGGAUUGGAAAGGAUGGAGAAGGGAGGGGGAAGGGCUGAAAUGAACCUCUUCGGUCAGAAAACCAUGAAAAGAGAUUUUGUGUCCGUUUUACCAGUUGUCCUGUGACACGCCACAGGAUCUGAAGUCGAAACUGUCAUCCCAGGUGGCGUUUAUCAGAAAGUAUUUUGUUUGAUCUGCAUUUGUUUUUCAUGCCCUGAAAUCUCACAUUAAAUAAUAGAAGCCGUGUUAUUGUUGAGUGAAAAACAUCUGGAUUUCUAUAGUUGUUUUCCAUGUGUGAACAUUUGAACCUAGAACUUAAUGUAUGAAAAACAAGUCUUGCUUUUCUGAGGUAGAAUUUUUUUUUCUAAUAAAAUUUAAAAUCUG